AUGAUCUUAAUAUUAAUUGAAUGUUUAAUUGAAAAUCAUGAUAAAUGUGUUAUUGGUAGUUCAUGUAAUGUUCAAACAAAAGGUAUUGGUAUAACUCUUGAUGAUAUUUUACGUUAUGAAAUUAAUCGAAAUGUGACGUUGAAGAAUCAACCAUUAUUAGUGAAAAUAAGUGUUGGUUUAACAAUGAUUAUGUUUCUUUUGGGUCUGAUCAAUAGUAUUUUGUCACUUUUAACAUUUCAAAAUGCAAAUUUAAGAAAAGUUGGAUGUGGAAUAUAUCUUUUAGCAUCUUCAAUAACUUCUCUUCUCACAAUUUCUAUGUUUACAAUCAAUUUUUGGUUUGUUCUUCUUACUCAAAUGAAUUCAUCAACUACUUCAUCUGUUCAUCGAGGUGGAUGUAUUUCUAUUGAACCUAUCCUGAAACUUUUUCUUUAUUUUGACACAUGGCUUAAUGCUUGUGUUGCUAUUGAACGAGCAAUUAAUGUUUAUCAAGGUAUUAGUUUUAAUAAAGAAAAGAGUAAACGUCUGGCUCGAUGGAUUAUAUUUAUUUUACCAUUUUGUAUCUCAGCUACAAUCAUUCAUGAACCUUUACAUCGCGAUAUCUUCGAAUAUGAAGUGAAGGACAACAAGGAUGAAAUAGAGAUAACAGAAAGAAACAGUUGGUGUGCAAUUCAGUAUUCUCCUGCUAUUCAAGAUUACAAUACAGCUAUUCUUUUCAUUCAUCUUAUUGGUCCAUUUAUUGCUAAUCUCUUUUCUGCUUUAUUCAUUAUUUUCGGAACUGCUCGACAACGAUCAUUAGCUCAGACGAAUCAAAAUUACAUUGCACAUAUUCGUGAGCAAUUACGUGAACAUAAACAAUUAGUGAUUAGUCCAGCAAUUCUACUUAUUCUAUCAAUGCCACGUUUGAUCAUUUCAUUAUUAUCGGGAUGUGUGAAGAUAUCUGAUUAUCCUUGGCUAUAUCUUUGUGCUUAUUUCAUUUCAUUUACUCCUUCGAUACUUGUCUUUAUUGUAUUUGUCGUUCCGUCAGAUUUGUACCGAAAAACACUUGAAGAAUCUUUGAGAACUUGGCAACGACGAAUUUGUCACUGA